AUGUUUAUCAAUCCCAUAGCAGCCGGUUGUACGUACCGAAUUGACCUGAUGAUGUCCUUCAUCGACAAGGGCUGCCGCCUCAUUGUACAGCACAUUGCUACAACAAUAACAACAUCCAAUGUUCAUGAGGAUGUUAAUAAAAAGACCACCAACACAUGUCAAUAUGAACUGGAUCAAAUGCUAAUUUACAAACAUUCCACAAAAAUGCAACAACUUCGAAUGGGGAAAACCAAACUGGGAAAGAUUGACAAGAGGAUUCCUAAAAUGAAGGUUUUCGUUUGUGUUCUGGCUGCGUUGGUGGCGACUUGCUCCGCUGGGUUUCUAGGGGGUGGCUCCGGAGGAGGUGGUGGUGGCGGUGGUGAAGACGUCAAAAUCAUCCAAGUAGUUCAUGCUGAUGAAGGAGGUGCCGGGGGUUAUGGAGGUCAUGGUGGUCAUGGCGGUUUCGGUGGUGGAGGCGGUGCUGGUGGUGAAGAUGUCAAAAUCAUCCAAGUUGUUCAUGCCGAUGGAGGAGCUGCCGGUGGUCAUGGAGGUUAUGGUGGUCAUGGAGGUCAUGGAGGUUUCGGAGGUGGCUCUGGAAGUGAAGAUGUCAAAAUUGUGAAGGUUGUUCAUGCCGAUGGUGGUGCCGGUGGUCACGGAGGAUAUGGUGGUCACGGAGGACAUGGUGGUCACGGAGGACAUGGUGGAGGUGGAGAAGUUAAGACUAUUAAAGUUAUUCAUGCCGAAGGUGGUGCUGCCGGUGGUCACGGAGGACAUGGUGGUCAUUCUCAUGGCGGUGGUUUCGGAGGACAUGGUGGUCAUUCUCAUGGCGGUGGUUUCGGAGGUGCCGGUGGUGAGGUCAAGACCGUAAAAGUUAUACGUGUUGAUGGUGGUGGUGACGGCGGCCAUGGUGGGCACGGAGGCCAUUCACAUGGCGGUGGUUUCGGAGGUGCCGGUGGUGCCGGAGGAGAAGUUAAAACCAUCAAAGUAAUACAUGCCGAAGGUGGAGCUGGUGGUGGUCAUGGCGGUCAUGGUGGUCAUGGAGGUCAUGGAGGUUAUUCCCACGGCGGUGGUUUUGGAGGUGCCGGAGGAGAAGUUAAAACCAUCAAAGUUAUCCAUGCCGAUGGUGGUGCUGCUGGCGGUCAUGGUGGCCAUGGAGGACAUGGUGGCCAUGGAGGACAUGGUGGCCAUGGAGGCCAUGGAGGUGGUGCCGGAGGUGCUGUUCAAACAUUUAAAGUUAUCCGCCAAGAAGGAGGUGGUACCGGCGGUUUUGGUGGCGCAGGAGGCUGGAAUUAA